AUGGGACGACGCAAGAUCGCUAUCGAACCGCUCUCUGACGAACGGAACCGGUCUGUGCAAAAAAAAGAACAACCCACUAACACCUCACAGUCUCAGCCCCACGAAUCUAAGGGUCCAAACGACUUUGACGCAAACGGCCGAAAACGGAACAAUGCAGCGGCAAAAGCCGCUGCCAGAGCGUUACAUGCGCGAUCCAGAUCAGAGUUGAAUGCAAGUGAUAAUCAGGAUAUCACUGAUGACGAGGAUGACGAAGAUGAUGAGGAUGAGGAGGAAGAAGAAGAAGAGUUUGAUAUUUCCUCGGUGAAAAAAGAGGAGGAGACGGUAGUCAGAAAAGCUGCUGGUAGUGGAGGUGGUGGAAAUCGCCGAAAAAGCAGUCGGUCGAGUCCGAAAAAUGGACUGGUAUCGAUAAAUGGGAGAGGUGCUGGAGCUGGUGGUGCGAGUGGGAAUUCGAAACAUAAAAAGUCGUCAUCGAAUCAGUCGGCGACCGGACAACAAACUGGUCCACCAAUAGGAGUCUAUCAUAGUCAUAAUAUGGAGAGUCUUGCUCGAGAAGAGAGUAGGAAACAGUUGGAAGAAAGUCGGCGUGCGAGCGAAGAACAACAACAACAUCACCAACAACAACAACAAUUACAGCAUCAACAACAACAACAGCAUCAGCAUCGUCUUCAACAGCAACACCGACAAUCUCUCCAGCAGCAGCAGCAGCAGCAACAACAACAGCAUCAACAAACUCUCCAGCAGCAACAGCAUCAGUUGCAGCAAUUCGCAUCGUACCAGAACUUUGGUCAACCAUCUCCACAGUUUCAAUUUCAACAGCAUCCAACUCCACAGCCCCAGCAUCAGCAGUCGCACCAGCAGUCGCAACAGUCGCAACAACAACAGCAGCAGCAACAGCAGCAGUUGAACGCUCAAAUAAACACACAUGCAUCUCAGUUCCGAAGGAGCCACCAUCGGUCGACCUCGAGUUUGUCGAAUGUAGACUCGGUCGUAUCGCUUAAUGCUUAUACUGGAGGGUCUGGCGACCCUGGAUCGGGUUUCGAGUACACUGCCAGUCCAUCGUUUACAAAUCCCCAGGACCCACAAGACCAACAGCAGCAACAGCAACAACAGCAGCAGCAGCAGCACGAUUUGAAUCAAAGAAGAGCUACUGAAUGGCAAAUGUUUGGAGUCAUGCAACCAAGAUCACAAUCUGUUGAUAUCGACCGACGGUAUUACCAAGGAUCACCACAGCCUAUUAAUCGGUUCUCACCCAGUGGAGGUUCAGUUUCUAGCAGCAUGCGACCUAAACUGAAAGUACAAAUUCCAAUGGGUGAUUCUGGUGAGAGUCAGAUCAGUUCAUCUGAACCAUCUCGUGAUGCGAAAGACAGACCUCUGACUGACGAAGAUGGUCGAGUUGGUAAUGUGGCAGGUGACCACCAUCAAGGAUCGAAUAGUCUGAACCAGGGGUCUGGCAAUAAUAGUCGAUCUGGUAAUAACAGAGGACCGACUCCCGGACCAAAAGAAGGAGGCACUUCGUCAGGAUCCGGUUUACAAUCGACACCUCUAUCGAAUAGAGACGGGCCAUUGUCAGCAGGUCCUAAUAGUGCUGGUGGAACUGGUAGUGGAGGUCCAUGGGGUUCAUCUCUGUUAUUACCACCUCCGUCUCCAUCCAGUUAUCUCAGUAACAAUGGUGGACCCAACUUGUCGACUACAGUUGGACCAGGUAACCCGUUCGGACGACCUCCUUUGGUAUCCAGUAAUGGCGAGCAAACGCCUCUGUCAGCAGCACUUCCAUCGAAAUACGUUAACGACCUGUUACCUUCGCCGUCGAACUUCUAUGGCAGCGAAUGGAAUACCCAUUUUGGGCCUCCUUCUGCGCUGGGUUACGGUGGAGGACUUCCCUCGUCUGGCGGUUUAGGCUCUGCAUUUCCUGGCCAGAACAGCGGACUUCCCGCUUCAGCAACCUCUGGUGUGCCAGCCGGCAGCAGCUCCUCGAACUCUCAAUCUCUACAGCAGCCGCCUGUAGGUAUUGGUAUCUCACUAGGAGGACUUCUCGGCUCGCGAAGCCACCUGUCUGCCGACAUGCUCCCGUCGCCUCUGCAGUUCAACUCGACUCCCGUGGUAGCCUCAUCUGCUCACUCGCUCGCUGGCGACGUCCGGGCCUCUCCAACCGAAAAGAAACGCGACCGCAACGGCGAUAUGGCCGCCGGCCCGUCCAAACGACUCAAAGCCGACAACUCGGGCCUCUGA